CCUCGACCCUUAGUGCGCCACAUUCCGACCCGCGUCAACCCGCAACUUGGAACACACCAUCGGGUGCGGUGGCAGCCACUCCUUCGCCCCAGCGAGACGCGGUCUGCAUGGCGCGUCAAUCCCCCGCGCGCGAUCCUGCUCCGUACGCGUACUGCUUCUCCCUGCCUCUCGCCCAUGUCCCACGUCAGGGCGACGCGCCACGCGAUGUUUGGGCCAAUUCAACGUCUGCACCGUCCCCGCCGCUUAAUGCAGACACGCUGCCACCGCAUCCGGCGACUCGCAUGUGGGCGACGACGGACGGACGCCCGCCCAUGGCGUUCCUCGAGCCACCGCCACCGUCGGAUGCAGUCACCCACAGCGCAGAACUGUUCAGUCGACUGGCUGAGCUUGAGAAGAGCCGGGUGUCCUCGCCAGCGUCGGCGGAGGAAGAGGUGGCGGAAGGUAACAGCAGCCCUCAACCUCCCCUCGCGCAGCCUGUGGCAGAGCGGGUUCCCAGCCCACGCGUUGAAGACCCGCCGCCGCCGGAUCCAUCCGCCCACCCAGGGUUUAGCUCAUUGCCGUUCUGGGUGCCCCCGCGCGAUUCGCCAGCAUCCAUUUACUACGAACCUAAGGCGGCUGCGCCCCCGCGGUCGCAAGAGCCUACGCGAGAUCAGCCUACCGCACCUGCUGAUGGUGGGAGGCACACGGAAGGCCGGGUGGCACACCCGCGCUCGGAGGCCCCAAGCAGCGUUCGCGUGAAGCGCGAGCCCGAGGAGCAAUGUUUGAGCUCUUUGCUAUCUCCGAUGUCAGCUGGCGAGGUGGCGAUAGUAAAGUCUGAGCCUAGAGAAGGAAAUUCAUUGCCAUUACCAAGACCUCAAACAAAGCGUAGGCGCGGUGAGGAGGAGGUUGAUGUCCUUCCCUCAUCACCCUCGCAACCGUCGAACGCCUUCCCUUCCCGGAGUCCGAAGCGUAGGCGUAUUGUUCCCUCGCUGACGCCGGACGCUGGGUGCGCGCUACCGCUGACCGCGGACAUUUCUGUCCCGCCAACGCGGGAGUCGACCAUCGCGCCGCCGCCGCCGCCGACUAGGGACUGCACGUCGCCCCCGACGUCGCGGGGUGUAUCCUUGCCACCCAUUGCGGCGCUCGACCUCCCUCCGAGCUUGCCGCCAUCCUUUCUGCCGAUGGUGAGCCGGGCGGGCGAGUGGCCGGGCGCCGGAGUUCUGGUCGCGCCGUCUCCGCGCGUGGUCUUUCCGACGCCUUUGGCGGCGUUGCAGACGGCAAGGGGCCCUUUGGUGCAUGGGCCGCCGUCCGUGGCCGCACCAACCUCUCCUAGACCGCUUCCGCGGCCGGUGAGCAGGCAUCGCAAGCUGUCGUCGCCUGUGGGAGGUCGAGCGCUGUCGUCGCCCAUGGGAAGCCGAGCGUUGUCACCGCCUGUUGGUCAGGUUCUGGGGCCGAUGAGGUUGCUUCUGUAAGUGAAUGUUAGAGGUUACAGUAUAUCACGAAGUUUUCUUGCAUGGUCGGACUAUACGCAUCUCCUAAUCGAAGUAAAUAGUAAACAGUGUACAGCGUCGCCGGGAAAGAGCAGUAAUCAAUUGUCAUUCUUGU